AUGCUCCCCUCACAACUCUUGGGCACCUACAGACAGUACAAGAGAGACACCGACUCGGUGGCCUCAUGGCUCGCAUCGACUGCCAAGGCCAGCGGCUUCCCUGCUGACUUGCUAACCGCGCCGGGAGGAGCGGGAGGAACACAGGCACCCAAAGUCGGUCGACUCAAGGGCAAAGAACGAGCAAAGGCUCGUAGCGGUGGCAAGCAAGGCACGCCAAAGCCCGCAGAGACCAAGGUCGCCAAGCACAUUAUCGCCAUCAAAGACUUUCUGCCACUAGCCCAAUGGAUUGCCGGUCGCCAAAACCCGACCAUCUCCGUGCCCGAUGUCUUCUCCGCCACGAUUGAUCGCCUCAUCACCCUUCGAUCCGAGUUUAGCGGCAAGCUGAGCGAGCACGGGGUCGAGCCGGACUCCAGGUCGGACGAAAGGCACGGGUAUUUUGUCGGCGUACUCGAGGCCGUCCGGGCGGCGGUAUGCCCAAGGGAAACUCCCUCGACUGCCACCGCGGCGGCUAGUGCAGCCGCCGACUCGGCCAACGACGCCUCCAAGGUUCUGGGAGAGGACCUGGGUGGCCGUUUCGCUGGAUUGACGGUGGACGAGCCGUCCCAAGCCUUCGUCGAAGCCUUCCGUAACGCGCCCCACGAGAGGCCCAAGCCACGCGACAACGAUCCCGUCUCGUACGAGGCCGAGCCUCAGACUUCCCUGGAGGAUACGCUGUUUGCCUUUGCCGUUCUGGUCGACGAUCUCAACAGAAUCAGGUCGCGUAUCGACUGGAUCUGGUCCAACCAUCGCGAUGGCAUGCUUGACCUUGCUGCCGCAGCCGUGGCCACGAACACGGCCAUCUCCCUCGCGCGUAGCUUGAUUGACCAAGUGAAGCCCGUCAUGGACAAGCAAAAGGGGGGCGCGUGGGGCCUGUUGAAUAAGCUGUUCUUUGCGACCUGCCUGAGGAAGGGGCAUCAAACGCAAGAGAUAUAUCUCGAUGACAGCCAGGAUAACUUCAACUACGAUUUGUACGACACGGCCGAUGAGUGCUACCUCGUCGCCUUCCGACACUUGACCAGCUUCGUCGACGUCCUCGACCCUAACUCUCUUCCCUUGAUCAAGGAAGGCAUGUUUGGAACCUAUGACGCCAGCAGCGACCGUUCCUCCAAAACAGGUCCGCAGAGGCAUCAGGAAGACCAGAUCCUCCUGUUGGAAUUCUUUACGGAGCUCGUCACGGUGAAUCGACUGCUUCCAGGCUACCCGAUCGAGGACGAAUUUCUGCGCGGCAUCAAGGAGCUGGAAAAGACGGGCACGAUUCCCUUUUCUCUUGUGUUUGCUGCGCAGAUUUACCUCGACAUUCACCACAUUAUGCGCGCUGCGGUGCGACAGAGCUUCGCGGUCAUGGUCAACGAGACUACCGUCAUGCACAACACGCUCCAGGCCCAUCUGGACUUUCACAAGGACCUGAAGACCAAAAACUGGCCGGCCUCCAACGACCACGCACUGCGAGAACUAAGCCGUCUGCUGGACUGGAUGGGGAAGGAUCCCGUGCACGGCGCCAAGGCGAAACAGUUUACGCGGAUGAAAAGGCCCGUGCCUCCAGAGAUGGAAGUUCACCGUAUCAUGAUCUACUCCCCCAUCCUGGCUGGACUGUACCUCUUCCGCAUCCGCGCACAGGUGUACGAGGCGGGUGUCGCCGUCGCCAACGCCUGGGGCUCCAUCACCUACAGUGCUCAUAUCUACAACGCUCUGCUCCAGCAGGGGCUGGUGGAAGGCCGGUGGGAGGACAUGGAUGUGCUCUUGACCAACAUGGGCGAUGGCAACUUCUGGACGGGAGGUGAGCGGCCGCAGACUCUGCAGGAUUGCUUUCAGAAGUUUUGUCUGCAGAUGGGCGUCUCAGCUGCCGCGUUCACAAAGAAUCGCCGACGGCAGCCUACGGUUGCCUCGCGCGCUGGGCCACGAGGCAUGAAGGAGGGCGCGCCCGUGUCGUCCAUGCUUGCGACCAAGAUUUGCUCCAAAGCCGACAUGGACUGGACGCUAGACUUGAUCGACAACAUUGUUGCGCGCAGCGCCUAUCAGAUGCAAGGCUCGCUCAACGAGGGAGACUUGACCAUGACACUGAUUGACGACGCGCAAGAGCUCAAGGCCCGAGAUCGACUUCGGCAGCAAAAGGCCAAGGCUAGGGCGUCUGGCAAAGACAAGACCACCCUUGUGCCUGAGGAACUCGUCGAGACGCUCGUCCUGUCACUUCAUUCGGAGUCCCUUGAGAUGUCGUUCCCCCUCUUGUUCAUGCACCGCUGGUGCUGGAAGUUGCUGCGGAUGAUCAAGGAGUGUUGUGAUCCUGUUCUGAGAGAGCUCUACACACCUGCCUACAUGGACAAGGAGAGCGAAUUGCCCUGGGUAGCUGGGUACAUUCUCAUGGCUGCCAGUGGACUCGAGGGAACGCGCGACUUGAGGCUGUUCCAUCUCGCGGCAGUCCCUCUGAAUGAGAUGAUAGGCACGGGGGCCCAUCAGAUGGCCAUCAAGAUGCUUCGAGAUAUCGGGAAGAAUAUUCAGUUUGAGGAGGAACAGAGCGAGGACGAGUGA